CAGCCCAAGGAUGCUUUCGUUGCCAUGGCAGCCGCCCAGUUGGCGUGGUCCCCAGUGCGCCGCUGAGGAAUCUGGGAAAACCCUGCCCUUCUCAAGAUGGCGUCAGCAAUAGGGCAAAGGGCGGGGUUAAAAGCUGUCAUCCUGUCCAGACCUUUCCUCUGUUUCCGCUUUUUCAUGCUAAAGACUAGCUUCCGCCAAUACUCGUUCUCGUUCUUGCUUCUGAGCGACCCGGGAGCCGGGGAAGAAACGGUUGCCUGCAGGGAUUGGGGCAAAUACCCACGGGGAAGGCGGGACUUCCGGGUUUUUCCGGAAGUGACGCGACAGUCGCGGCGGCCGCCAGGUGGAACGGCAGGUGGGUUCAGGUGCCUGCCUGGUCCGGACCAGGCUGUGGGAUCAACGCUUCCGGUGAGCAACAGAGGCAGCUCCCAAGGACCUGGAGACCCGUGGAGCGGGCCUUGGGAUCUGAGCGCAUCGUUCUGGCCUGGAGCACCCCUCUGUACCUAUUCUCCAUUCCCCUACCGAGCUGGGCAAUUAGCCAGCCCAUUCCAACUCUCGGAACCAUGUUUGCAGACUUGGAUUAUGACAUCGAGGAGGAUAAACUUGGAAUCCCUACUGUGCCUGGGAAGGUGACCCUGCAGAAAGAUGCUCAGAACCUGAUUGGGAUCAGCAUUGGAGGAGGGGCCCAAUACUGUCCCUGCCUCUAUAUCGUCCAGGUAUUUGACAACACCCCGGCUGCCUUGGAUGGCACGGUGGCGGCUGGUGAUGAGAUCACUGGUGUUAAUGGCAGGUCGAUCAAAGGAAAAACUAAGGUGGAGGUGGCGAAGAUGAUUCAGGAGGUGAAGGGGGAGGUGACCAUCCACUACAACAAGCUGCAGGCAGACCCCAAGCAGGGCAUGUCCCUGGACAUUGUGUUGAAAAAAGUCAAACACCGGCUGGUGGAGAACAUGAGCUCAGGGACUGCAGAUGCCCUGGGCCUGAGCCGGGCCAUCUUGUGCAAUGAUGGGCUCGUCAAAAGGCUGGAGGAGUUGGAGCGGACAGCUGAGCUAUACAAAGGGAUGAUGGAACACACCAAGAGCCUCCUACGGGCCUUUUAUGAGCUGUCGCAGACCCACCGGGCCUUUGGGGACGUGUUCUCUGUGAUUGGGGUGCGGGAGCCCCAGCCAGCUGCCAGCGAGGCUUUCGUGAAGUUUGCUGACGCUCACCGCAGCAUUGAGAAGUUCGGCAUUCGGCUUCUGAAAACCAUCAAGCCGAUGCUGACAGAUCUGAACACAUAUCUCAACAAAGCCAUCCCAGACACUCGCCUCACUAUCAAGAAGUACCUGGACGUGAAGUUUGAGUACCUGUCAUACUGCCUGAAGGUGAAAGAGAUGGACGACGAGGAGUACAGCUGCAUCGCCCUAGGAGAGCCCCUGUACCGAGUGAGCACAGGCAACUAUGAGUACCGCCUGAUCCUGCGCUGCCGCCAGGAGGCUCGCACCCGCUUCUCCCAGAUGCGCAAGGAUGUGCUGGAGAAGAUGGAGCUGCUGGAUCAGAAGCACGUCCAGGACAUCGUGUUCCAGCUACAGCGCUUCGUGUCCACUAUGUCCAAGUACUACAACGACUGCUAUGGGGUGCUGCGGGGUGCAGAUGUCUUCCCCAUCGAGGUGGACCUGGCGCACACCACACUGGCCUACGGCCUCAACCAGGACGAGUACAUGGACGGGGAGGAGGAGGAGGACGACGAGGAGGGAGAUACAGCAGCUGGGGAGCCGUCCAGAGAUGCACGAGGGACUGCUGGGGCCUUGGACAAGGGUGGAAGCUGGUGUGACUCCUGAGUGCCCCGUGGGGUGCGGGUGCAGCUCUGGGGGGUAGGGUGAGAGGGAAGAUGCACAUGGGAGUGGGGCGGGGCUGCCACACAACAGGGUGGCGCAUAAAGGCCUGCUGGCUUGGGGCCCCCGCCUUCCUGCUCCUCUGUCCUCGCACAGCAAAGCUGAGCUCCUGCCCAAGAAAGGUACCAGGGCCACAGCCUGGGACCUGGACACUGGCCCCCUCGCCCUUCCUGCCCCACCCCCCUAGCCAGAGGGAGAGCUUGAUCUCUGGACCUGCCUUAGGAAUGAGAGAGAGGGCAGACAGGAAGAGGGGUUGGAGGUGGCAGGAAGAACAGGACUUGCUCCUGGUGGGCACUUUCACAGCCCCAUCCCCAGAGCUGCCAGGAGUGGACAGCUGAGGUUGGCACCAGUAUCUCGCGUGCACCCCCACCUCACCCAAGACUGGCCUGCCCAGUCCACACUCACACCUUGGCGGCCUUUAUUUAUUUUGUUCCCUGGCCCAGCUACUUCUCUGGCAGAGGCUGGGCACUGGGCCUGUAUUGAAUAAACACAAACCCGAAGGAGCAC